AUGAAGCGAAACAAGAAGCAGUUUGCUGAACAGACGCAAAUUAUGGUGUACUGCACGAGGAUGUGCCAGCAGAAUGCAAAUGCUGGAUGCCCAGGAGUGGGAAGCGAAGGUGCUGGGAAGGCAAAUGGAUGUGCCGGUUGUCCGAACCAGGGAUCUUGUUCGACUGGUCAGCCACCGAAACCGGACGAUGAUAUCAGGCUCAUUCAAGACCGAUUUCGUCACAUCAAGCACAAGAUAUUGAUUCUUAGCGGAAAAGGAGGAGUUGGCAAAAGUACUGUCACUUCAAGUCUUGCAAGAGCAUUAGCUUCUGAUCCGACAAAGCAGGUAGCAAUCCUGGAUGUGGAUAUCUGUGGACCUUCACAACCCCGUAUGUUGGGUGUUGAGCAAGAGGAGGUACACGACAGUGCUGACGGAUGGACACCUGUUUCUGUUAAGGAUAAUCUUAUGCUUAUGAGCAUUGCUUUUCUAUUGGCCAUGGCAGAUGUGCCAGCAAAUGCAAAUGCUGGAUGCCCAGGAGUGGGAAGCGAAGGUGCUGGGAAGGCAAAUUGGAUGUGCCGGUUGUCCGAACCAGGGAUUUGGGGUCGACUGGUCAGCCACGAAACGAGACGCACUGAUAUCAGGUCAUUUCAAGACCGAUUUCGUCACAUUAAGCACAAGAUAUUGAUUCUUAGCGGAAAAGGAGGAGUUGGCAAAAGUACUGUCACUUCAAGUCUUGCAAGAGCAUUAGCUUCUGAUCCGACAAAGCAGGUAGCAAUCCUGGAUGUGGAUAUCUGUGGACCUUCACAACCCCGUAUGUUGGGUGUUGAGCAAGAGGAGGUACACGACAGUGCUGACGGAUGGACACCUGUUUCUGUUAAGGAUAAUCUUAUGCUUAUGAGCAUUGCUUUUCUAUUGGGAAAUAAGAACGAUGCUGUUAUAUGGCGUGGCGCUCGUAAAAAUGGCAUGAUCAAGCAGUUUCUGCGUGAUGUUGAUUGGGGAGAGGUUGACUACCUGUUGAUAGACACUCCACCAGGCACUUCUGAUGAGCACAUCUCUUUGGUGCAAUUCCUUCUGCAAGCAGGGAGUCUUGACGGUGCAAUCAUUGUCAGCACCCCACAGGAAGUGUCACUUGCUCGAUGUUCGGAAGGAAGUCCGGUCUGUCACAAACGAAGGUUCCCUAUCCUUGUGUUCUUGAGAGAGGGAAUAUGCAAGUGUCGUUUGUCCACAUUGCCAAUCAUGCACAUAUCGUUUACUUGCCACUACAGGGCACUGGACAAUGGAGAAGAUUUCUUCGAAAAGUAUCCCGACUCAGCAAUGGCCAAAGCAUUCAUUGAAUUGGCAAAGAAGAUAGAGAUUGCUGAAAUGCAUCGAGUGGUGAUCACGGGUAUGGGUGCCGUGACACCCUAUGGUGCUGGUGUGCCACUGCUCAGAAAAGCGUUGCUGUUGGAAUCACGUUCGGCAUUAAAGUUCUCGGAAGAAUUAGGGUUCAUGGUCGGAGCCAUUCCGGAUGAAGAAGACGUCUUCCAGCGGUGGACGGCCGGCCAAAAGCGGGAGAUGAGCAGAGCUAGUCAGCUGGCGCUAUUAGCCGCAGAGGAAGCUAUAACUUCAUCUAACGCGCACUCUCUCGACCACACCGAUACAUUGGUAAAUAUUGGAACUGGAGUUUCAGAUCUGUUAGAAAUAGGCAGGACCGUAGCUUUGGUCGACAAAGGACAGUCGAGCCUUAUCGCGUUUUCUCAGCGUCCUCUAAUGAAGGUUCAGCUGCUCCCAACAUUAGAAGGUGGAGCGGCUGAUAGGGUAUGGCAUGAAGGGUGGAGCAGAGAGCACCGCGACAGCUUGUGCAACGGGACUUCAUUGCAUAGGCCUGAAAUGCAUUCCGAGCCAUUCGUCAUGGGUGGGCUUCGACGUGCGAUUGCCGGCGCAUCGGAAGGUUGUGUGAAUGCGGUGGCACUUGCGUCGGAUUUGAUAGUCGUCCAUUCGACAAAACAACGCGAUGGCUUCGUUCUCAGUGAAGGAGUCGGACUGGUGCUCCUCGAGCGGUUACAAGAUGCUCUUGACCGUGGCGCUCCCCAGUCCCCGGCAGAGAUAAUGGGCUACGGAAUCUCGUCUGACUGUUACCACAUUUCCAGUCCCGAUCCAUCAGGUAUCGGAGCGCGAUUAUCUAUGGAGCGGGCGAUUAAGGACGCUAAAAUUAGCUCCAGCGAAGUCAGGUCAUAUCGGCAUCUACUGGCUGCAGCUGGAGCAGUUGAAGUCAUUGCAACGGUGGAGGCUAUUCGUGAAAUGAAAUUACCGUCAAAUUUGAAUUUGAAUGAGUCGGACGAGGACGACGGUUUAGCACUUUUGCGGCAGGUCACUGAAUGGCCUAGGCCCAGGAUGGCCGUUGUGAACUCGUUUGGUUUCGGCGGUACCAACGCCAGCAUCGUUGAUCUUCUGAUACACUCACAAAGUCUGGGCUAG